GUAAAAUAUUUCAUUCAUAACCACAAAUAUAUGUAAUGAAAAUACUCUAUCAUGAUAACACUAAAAAAACAAACAAUAAUGUCAUCGACAUGAAACUUGCAGAAUAGUAAUCUUUAACUACACCAGUAUUAGUUUUUCAUAAGUUCACAGUGUGUACUCGAUAUUUAUUGGGUUUAUUUGUACUUAAUGGCUAACGUAACAUCAAAAAGAACUGAGCAAUGUUAAUAAUGAAAAAUAAUUCAAAAGAAUUCAUGAUACCUUAUCAUCUUCAGAAGCAAAGGAUAGAUACUUGGCAGGCUUGGUUCGAAAAGUAUUCAUCUGCGGAGGUGGAUAAAAACUUAUCUGAAGAUAAAGAAUCAUAUCUAAAAGAGUCGAGUUGUCUAAGUCCAGGAAAUGUACAAACCUACAAUAAAAACAACGGCACGCUGCAUCAUCGAUUAAGAUCAACAGAAAAUGUAAAAAAUACUUCAGACAAUAGCAAUCGAAAAACUCAACUUAGUAAGAUACUUUAUGGCGAUCAUUCGAAAGAAAGAAAAGCUGAAUAUUACGAAAGGCAUAACUCUAGGCUGAAAAAAUUAUACCAAGAUACUGAUUCUAUCCAUGAACUAUCACUUGCUAGUGAAUUAAACAAUACCACUAUAAAAUCUUCUCCGACAUUAACUUGUCCACAUCCAGCUUUUAGAAUUUCAGGACCGAUAAAAAAAAUAUUCAAAAAUAAGGGUAAAAUGAAAUCUCAAAUGUUUGGUCAACUAAAAACCAAAAUUCGUAAAAUAAGUGAGUCCACAGAGUGCAAAGAAAAAAAAAGUGUACAUGGUAAAUAUCGGUUACAAAAACAAAAACAUGACUUUUCACCAUUAUCACUGAGUGAACUCCGACAUUCUUCUUCUGUAUCCAUUAUAAAAGAAGAGUAUAUUUUUAUAACGCAAGAUGUAGUAGAUUAUGAACGUCAUUAUUUAUAUUAAUAAAAAAGAGUAAUUUUAUUAAACUUACAAUCAUUUUUAUCUUUACGCA